GGCGGCUUCCAGGAUGUGGCGGGGCCUUUGUCUCUCGCUGCAGCCUGAGCGCUAGGUCUUGUUUUCCCUGCCCUGUGUUUUCUGCUCGUGGACGCCCAGCCUCUGUGGCCCUGUGGCCUGCAGGUAUUGGGAGAUCCACAGCUAAGACGCCGGGACCCCCGGGAAGCCUAGAAAUGGGACCAUUGACAUUUAGGGAUGUGGCCAUAGAAUUCUCUCUGGAGGAGUGGCAAUGCCUGGACACUGCACAGCGGAAUUUAUAUAGAAAUGUGAUGUUAGAGAACUACAGAAACCUGGUCUUCCUGGGUAUUGCUGUUUCUAAGCCAGACCUGAUCACUUGUCUGGAGCAAGGGAAAGAGGCCUGGAGUAUGAAGAGACAUGAGAUCAUGGUGGCCAAACCCACAGGUUGUCUAUCAAAAAGAAUGUCGUAUGAGCUAUUGAGAAAGGUGUAUAUCCUGAUGUUACUGAGGAGUGUUCUCUAUGCCUCUGUUAGAAUUAUGUGUUCUCAUUUUGCCCAAGACCUUUGGCCGGAGCAGAAUAUAAAAGAUUCUUUCCAAAAAGUGACACUGAAAAGAUAUGGAAAAUGUAGACAUGAGAAUUUACCUUUAAGAAAAGGCUGUGAAAGUAUGGAUGAGUGUAAGAUGCACAAAGGAGGUUAUAAUGGACUUAACCAAUGUCUCACAGCUACCCAGAGCAAAAUAUUUCAAUGUGAUAAAUAUGUAAAAGUCGCUCAUAAAUUUUCAAAUUCAAACAGACAUGAGAUAAGACAUACUAAAAAGAAACCUUUCAAAUGUAGAAAAUGUGGCAAAUCAUUUCGCAUGAUUUCAUGCCUAACUGAACAUAGCAGAAUUCAUACUAGAGUAAAUUUCUACAAAUGUGAAGAAUGUGGAAAAGCCUUUAACUGGUCCUCAACCCUUACUAAACAUAAGAGAAUUCAUACGGGAGAGAAACCUUACAAAUGUGAAGAAUGUGGUAAAGCCUUUAACCAGUCCUCAAACCUUAUUAAACAUAAGAAAAUUCAUACUGGAGAGAAACCCUACAAAUGUGAAGAAUGUGGCAAAACUUUUAACCGAUCCUCAACUCUUACUACCCAUAAGAUAAUUCAUACUGGAGAGAAACCCUACAAAUGUAAAGAAUGUGGUAAAGCUUUUAACCGAUCUUCAACCCUUACUACCCAUAGAAAAAUUCAUACUGGAGAGAAACCUUACAAAUGUGAAGAAUGUGGCAAAGCCUUUAAGCAGUCCUCAAACCUUACUACACAUAAGAUAAUUCAUACUGGAGAGAAACCCUACAAAUGUAAAAAAUGUGGAAAAGCCUUUAACCAGUCUGCACACCUUACUACACAUGAGGUAAUUCAUACUGGAGAGAAACCCUACAAAUGUGAAAAAUGUGGAAAAGCCUUUAAUCAUUUCUCACACCUUACUACACAUAAGAUAAUUCAUACUGGAGAGAAACCUUACAAAUGUAAAGAAUGUGGUAAAGCUUUUAAACACUCUUCAACCCUUACUAAACAUAAGAUAAUUCAUACUGGAGAGAAGCCUUACAAAUGUAAAGAAUGUGGAAAAGCUUUUAACCAAUCCUCAAAACUUACUGAACAUAAGAAAAUUCAUACUGGAGAGAAACCCUACGAAUGUGAAAAAUGUGGCAAAGCUUUUAACCAGUCCUCAAAUCUUACUAGACAUAAGAAAAGUCACACUGAAGAGAAACCUUACAAAUGUGAAGAAUGUGGCAAAGGUUUUAAAUGGCCCUCAACCCUUACUAUCCAUAAGAUAAUUCAUACUGGAGAGAAACCAUACAAAUGUGAAGAAUGUGGCAAAGCUUUUAACCAAUCCUCGAAACUUACCAAACAUAAGAAAAUUCAUACUGGAGAGAAACCCUACACAUGUGAAGAAUGUGGCAAAGCCUUUAACCAGUCCUCAAACCUUACUAAACAUAAGAGAAUUCAUACUGGAGAAAAACCUUACAAAUGUGAAGAAUGUGACAAAGCUUUUAAAUGGUCCUCAGUCCUUACUAAACAUAAGAUAAUUCAUACUGGAGAAAAAUUUAAAUAUGAAAAUUAUGGCAAAGCUUUUAACCAAUUUACAAGUCUUACUAAACACAAGAAAAUUUAUACUGGAGAGAAACUACUAACCUGAAAGAUGUGACAAUAAUUUUGACAACACCUCAGACUUGUAAUCAUACUGGUGAGAAAUUCUAAAAAUGUGAAGAAUAUGGCAAAGUCUUUAAAUGGUUGUCACACUUUAUUUUAGGUAAGAUAAUUCAUAUUGGAACAAACUACAAGUGCGAACAAUGUGGCAAAACUUUAUGCUCACACCUUAUUGCACAGAAAAGAAUUUUUAGUUGAGAAAAAGUAUACAAAUAUAAAGAAUGUGGAAAAGCC